CAAGUUUAACACACAGGCCGACCGAAGGCGUCAAGCAAGUGACCGUGGCGUCAUCCGGCGAUUCUGGCGGUGCACCAGCGGGCGAACAACCGAACGCCCUGCUUUCCAAACUAGGCAGUUCGCUGUUUGGGGCCACCGGUUCGCCCCAGAAGGUGGUCACCAAUAUCCGCGGAUUCCUUUCGAACCGGCUGACCAGCGUUUCCAUCCCCGACACAGGAUGGAAAGAAUCCAUCCUGCAACUGCCGAAGAAAUGGCUCUCGACAUCGGAAGCUACAGACGAAUUUGGAUUCCCCCAGAUGCUGCCCAAGGUACCCGUUCCGACGGUGGAACAAACGAUGGCCGAGUAUCUGCGGGUGUUACAACCGAUCGUAACACCACAGCAGCUCGAUCGGACCAAAUCGAUCAUUAAGCAGUUCAGCGCCACCAUCGGACCGGGUCUGCAGGAGUAUCUGCUUGCGAGGCGAGAAACCGAGGACAACUGGGCGUACCAUUACUGGCUCAACGACAUGUACAUGGACAAUCCGCUCCCGUUGCCGAUCAACUCGAACCCUGGUAUGGUGAUGCCACCGCGCAAGUUCACCAUCGUGAACGAUCUGGCACAGUUUGCGGCACAGCUCAUCGAUCAGCUGAUGGACCACAAGGAAAUGCUCGAGAGUGGUGAAUUGAAGCAGGAGCGUGCGGCUUCCCGUGAGAAGGGACAGCCGCUAUGCAUGGCCCAGUACUAUCGGCUGCUCGGUUCCUGCCGACGUCCGGGAGAUCCACGCGAUAGUCAGUUUCUACCCCCGGGCGGAGAACAAACCGAUGCGCACGUAAUCGUGUGCUGCCGUAAGCAUAUGUACUGCGUAGCGGUAAAAGCGGGCGAUCGUGGGCGUUUGAACGAAAAUGAACUGGCCGCGCAACUGUUACACAUUCUCAACGAGACCCCUUGUUUGCCAGAGACGGAAUCGGCUGUCGGUAUCCUAACAUCGGAAACUCGACCCAAGUGGGCCGCGGACCGCGAGAUGCUGCUGCUCGAGGAAAGCAACGCACGCAACAUCGAGCUAAUCGAAACGGCCCUAGUACUGAUCUGUAUCGACGAACCGAUUCCGCUGUCGUACAAUGCGCGCGGGUUCAAUGGUUCACCGGCCGGUGCACACUAUGCCGGCGGUCGGGACGAAAGCAACAUGGCCCAUGAGAUGAUUCACGGUGGUGGCAGUGCGUACAAUACCGCCAACCGUUGGUUCGAUAAGACGAUGCAAUUGAUUAUCUGCAACGAUGGUACGUGGGGUCUCUGCUAUGAACAUUCACCUUCCGAAGGUAUCGCCGUAGUACAGCUGCUGGAAGGCAUCCUAAAGCGAAUCGAAGAGGCCCCACCCAAAGACGGGCCGACAGACCAGCUGCAGUUGCAACAGUCUCAUCUGCCGCCGCCGGAACGAUUGGAGUGGGUAGUGCGACCCGAAAUUGAACGGCGUCUGCGCGAGGCUGCUCGAUCGGUGGAUAGACGAAUUGAAGAUCUCGAUUUUUAUGUGUACCGUUACAAACCGUACGGCAAAAACUUCAUCAAGGCGUGCCAGGUCAGUCCGGACGUUUUCAUUCAGCUAGCGUUGCAACUUGCGCAUUACAAACUUUACGGACAUCUUGUGAGUACGUACGAAAGUGCAUCCACCAGACGGUUCCUGCUAGGGCGGGUCGAUUGCAUCCGCUCGGCCAGCAUGGAAGCACUCGAGUGGGCCAAAGCGAUGUGCCAAGGCGAAGGGCCCAAUGUGACGCUCGAAAGCGACAAGGAGGACGACUACAGUGCUGAAGCCUCAUCGGAUGUCAAAAAAGUAACUUUCAGUAUUUACAGUAGGGAUCAUCUGAGGGAGUUGUUCCGCUGUGCCGCUGCACGGCAGACCGAAGUCAUGGUGCAAAACAUACUUGGCUACGGGAUCGAUAUUCAUCUGCUCGGGUUGAGGGAGGCUUGUCGUGAGCGCGAAGGAACCCUCCAUGAGCUAUUUACGGAUGAGUGCUAUAAAAUUGCUAAUUGUUUCCUUCUUUCCACCAGCCAGGUGGCCUGUUCGACUAACAGCUUCAUGGGAUAUGGACCGGUGACGCCCCACGGUUACGGUGCCUCGUACAAUCCCCACCCCAAUGAAAUCAUCUUCUGCAUUUCGGCCUUCUUUACGUCGGACAAAACGAGUGCAUCCCGAUUUGCACGUUCACUGCAGGACUCACUGGACGCCAUGCGGGAUCUGUUAUCAUAAGUUUAUUGUCGCUAUUCGCGUCGAUAAAAUCGUCGGUGGCCUUAACCUACUAAAGAUGAAGAAAAUAACUAAACUAAAUCCAUUUCAACAUGGCAACACAAGUGAGGUUGAAUGGAAAGGCAACGGUCAUUGUUGACCAACGUCAAACAAGAACUUGAAAAGUAUGUUAAAAAUCCAAAUAUGGCAUUGCUCAAUCGGUUCGAGCAAACGAAACGUAAACGUAACAAAGCUAAACCAACGAUCACGAUACAUAUCAAGGAAACGAAACAUAUCAGUUUUAUCAACAUGGGUAUCAAAUGUAAAGUUUCCGCAUCGCGAGAUCACUUUCUCCCAUUGGGCAGGAGGAUCAUCACGGUCGGGACAACCAAAGAAACGGAUACAUAUCAUUAGACACUAAGGAAACGAAACGUAGCAAGCAGAGCAACCUGCUCUAUCUAUACAAAAUCACGUGUUAUAUAGACAUUAUAGCAAAUUUUAGCUGUAGGCAGCGCCUUGGCACAUUACAGGAAUUGUGUUUAUGAUUCAUUUUAAUCGUUCCUCCUGUUAUGAAAUGUUGCGCAUUAUUUAGCUGUAGCUGUGAAACGGCAAUGUAUUACAGGCACCUUACAUUUUGUUUACAUUGCUUAAAUAAGUUAAUUCGUUUAAACGGUUAUAAUCAUCAAUUAAAACCGAACCAGAUCGUGUAGUAGCAAUAUGUAUACAACUUUUUAUCGCAUCAUUUUUGCUUUGCAUCUGCUUAAAAAUAAUUCCUGAUGCGCCUUUGGGACAAGGAGUACAGCAGACGCAUAAGCAAAUAUGUUUCCGGAUGACGAUUCAAAGUUUUGUUGAAUAUCAGAACUAUAUUAUUAUAUUUAAUGUGUUGCUUAUUCAUAUCAAAUUGUUGUCUGUUGUGGUUAUCGGCAAAAAUGUUACAUUUCUCUAUUUACUCUGUGUGCUAAGCAUUCGAUAUUCUAGCUGACAACGUUUUACACUGCUUGUUAAAAGAAAAGUUUAUUCUCCAACAAAAAACAUAUCAAAUGCUGAGUUCGCUUCACAAGGAAUGCAUUUAUGUGUAGCGUUAUAAACCGUGCGGAAUUUCUUUAUCAGGGCGUGAAGCGAACGUUUAAUAUUUUUAAAAUAAUUAAGAACGGGGUCCUUCGAGAAGGUAAAAUAGAAUUUACAACACAUGAAGAACAACGCGAUUCCCAAAUUGUCGCAAAUCGAUAUUCACUAUGGUUCGAAGAACUAUGGUUCCAAUAUUUUUGUUAAACCAUUGAGGUAUAACCUUUUCCGAUUUUUAGUGAUAAUGGUUAAGAUACAUCUGGUUCUGAAUAAUACUUUUCAGUUGAUGUUUCUAAAGAAAAAUAUCUUUGAUAGUAUGUUAUUGUUACAUCAAAAAGAUUACACUGAUUCGCGGUCAAAUGAAAUAAGUUUCAUCACUAACCUCAAGGCUUAAAACUUAUGGUAGAUUUACCGUUACUUAUGUAACGUGUUAUACCAAUGCUAACUAAUCGAUUAGCAUUUAAAGAGAUGCAUAGUGCACCAGCUCUCGGGAAACAGCCACAUUACACAUUAUAGUGCAUUUGGUGGCGCACCCAUUGAGUUCAGUAUAUAUAUGCCCGCACAGUAUAUCUUGUCCAUUCAUCAUUAGGCACGUAGAAUCGAAUGAUUCAGGUAACAUAGCAUAUCCUUAUAUUUACUAUUGGAUGCAGUGUGAGAGAUCUGUAUGUUUACGACUUUGGGGCAAAGGAUGCCGUCACAUCAGCAUAUCAUCCCUCCUCAACAUAACUUCGAUUCGUGAGGACUGCAGGGAAAGUUAGUGCAGACACUCUCAUAGGCAUAAGAACCAUCCCCACAGUAUUGUUGGCCAAUUUGGGCCAAAUUGUGGAAUACAAACACUCAUAGGAUGCUUGCAGAAUGUUGUACAAAAUGCUACUCCCACUAAUCACAACAGUACCCUGCUCACAUUUACUGUGUACCAAACAGAAACUGCUCGAUAAGAUGAGAGGUAUUAUUGCAAAUCAUUGUGUAUCCAGAAUGCAUCAAACACGCAUAGAUUCGUCAACAUACAUACAUAUCAAGCCAUACAUAUCAAAGUAAGGAACGGUUACAUAUCGAUAUUUAUCGACGCUAAGGUAAAUCAAACCACUGCAGCGGAUGAUGCAGAAGUAUCUCUACACAUGUCACAUUUUGGAACAAGCGCGUUGCAGUGGAUUGUCACGGUACAAUCAACGCUGGCGCGUGUGUAAUAGUUUUAGAAAUAUCACACACCAUAUAUGUAAAUUAUGUAUCAAUUAGCGGCAAACAAUCGUUCAGAUCGAGAGCCGAGUCAUUGUUAGUGUAUGUUAGUGCGCCAUUCUGUUAUCUAUGCAGGCAUAACAUAUACCGAGUAUUAUUGGCUUUUAGCAUUAGGGAAGUGUUAAACGUGUUCAUCUCUGCUGCCUAGACUAUGCUUGCUAUACUCAGUUAGGGGUUUACGUUUUGGUAUGGACGCCCAGAACCAACGUUACAACGGCUGUUUAGCGAACCUCGGGAACGUUAAAUGAAUAUCAUCGAGCGAGUUAAGUAAAUCUGAACGCCCUGUACACGCGACCAAUGCAGUUAUGCCACACCGAUGCUCAUCAGAAGAGACCACCAUUGGAAAUGGUUAGGUUGUUUCGAUUCGUUCCCGGUUGGCUUUCUAUGCGGUUGCAUGCGAGAGACGUAUCAGUAAUUGAGUGCAUAAACGACAAACCAAUAAAAGUUUCAAGUACCCUUACA